ACUUAAAUAUCCCUACUUUGCGACAACACAAAAGUUAUCACUCUCUCGCUCUUCUCAGUGACUGUGGGUAAUUUGUUGAGUAGACUUCCAAAAAAGAAAAAUGGCUUCUUCUGCAAUGAAAUUUCUUGUGUUGUUUGCUAUUUGUGUUCUUCCUGCUUUUGUAAGUGCCACUGCUAGACCCGUUAAAACACCUCUCACUGUCUGUGGUAAGGUUUAUUGUGAUACUUGCAGAGCCGGAUUCGAAACCACUGCUACCACUUUCAUCGCAGGUGCCAACGUUAUGUUGGAAUGCAGAGAUAGGAAAACAAUGCAGGUGCAUUACACUGCAAAUGGAGUAACAGACUCGACUGGAUCAUAUGAGAUCACAGUUGCUUACGACCAUGGUGAUCAUCUAUGUGAAGCCUCACUAGUUAGCAGCCCAGAUGCAGGCUGUGCUAAGUUUGCACCAGGACGUGAUAGGUCAGUCGUAAUCCUCACCAGCAACAAUGGUGUUGCCUCGACUAUCCGAUAUGCUAACAACAUGGGAUUCAUGGCUGAUCAACCAAUGAGUGGCUGCGCUCAGGUUCUCCAACAGUACUUGGAAGCUGAAGAAGACAUCUAAAUGUUAACAAGCACAGAACUUCUCUUUCUCAUUGAGGAUCACUGUGGGAGUUUUUAUGUAGUUCCUAAUUAAGUAUUGUUAUGGAUUUAUGAACUGGUAAUAUUUGUCCAAGUUUAAUAGAUUAAACUAAAUUGAGGAAUC